ACCAGGGGCACCUGUCCCCCUGCGAGGGUGUCGCCGCCCCUCGGCGCCGCCGGGCGCUCGCCGCUGAGCCCUGGCGCCCCUGGCAGAAGCACUGCGAGGACGCCUCUCGGGACUGCAGCGCGGCCCUGCGCACUCAGGGAGGCGAGGCCGGGCGCGGGGGGCGGCUGCGGGCUGGGAGGGCGCGCGGAGGGGACACCGCUGAGGGGACGCCGCUGAGGGCGCGGCGCGGGGAGCGCGGCUGGGGCGCCUCGAAGGGCAAGCGCCGAGGGGGCGCCGCCGGAAGCUGGGGCGGGGCGCCCAGCGGGAUGCGGUGAAGGGCGAGCGGCGCGGCGGCUGCGAUGAGUGCCUCUGCGGCCACCGGGGUCUUCGUGCUGUCCCUCUCGGCCAUCCCGGUCACCUAUGUCUUCAACCACCUGGCUGCCCAGCACGAUUCCUGGACUAUUGUAGGGGUUGCUGCCCUCAUCCUGUUCCUGGUAGCACUGCUGGCUCGUGUCCUCGUCAAAAGAAAACCACCCCGGGACCCGCUGUUCUAUGUGUAUGCAGUUUUUGGAUUUACCAGCGUGGUGAACCUCAUCAUAGGACUGGAGCAAGAUGGAAUCAUUGAUGGGUUCAUGACACACUACUUGAGAGAGGGUGAACCGUAUCUGAACACUGCAUAUGGGCACAUGAUCUGCUACUGGGAUGGCUCUGCUCAUUAUCUGAUGUACCUGGUGAUGGUGGCAGCCAUAGCAUGGGAGGAAACAUAUAGAACCAUUGGCCUAUAUUGGGUUGGAUCUAUUAUUAUGAGUGUUGUUGUUUUUGUGCCAGGAAACAUUGUAGGGAAGUAUGGAACACGAAUUUGCCCUGCUUUUUUCUUAAGCAUACCAUAUACUUGUCUUCCUGUCUGGGCUGGUUUCAGAAUCUAUAAUCAGCCAUCAGAAAAUUAUAAUUACCCCUCAAAGGUUAUUCAAGAAGCCCAAGCAAAAGACCUGCUGAGAAGACCAUUUGAUUUAAUGUUGGUCGUGUGUCUCCUCCUGGCAACUGGAUUUUGCCUGUUCAGAGGCUUGAUUGCUUUGGAUUGCCCAUCUGAGCUCUGCCGAUUAUAUACGCAAUUUCAAGAGCCCUAUCUAAAGGAUCCUGCUGCUUAUCCUAAAAUUCAGAUGCUGGCAUAUAUGUUCUAUUCUGUUCCUUACUUUGUGACUGCACUGUAUGGCUUAGUGGUUCCUGGAUGUUCCUGGAUGCCUGACAUCACAUUGAUACAUGCUGGAGGUCUGGCUCAGGGUCUCACUCUGUUUCCCAGGCUGGAGGGCAUUGGCAUGAUCAUGGCUGACUACUCGCCUGGACCUCCUGGACUCAUGCAAUCCUUCCACCUCAGCCUCCCAAGUAGCUGGACUACAGGUGUGAGCAAUCACUCUCGGCUAAUUUUGUUUAUUAUUUGUGGAGAUGAGGUCUCACUAUAUUGCCCAGGCUGGUCUCAAACUCCUGGGCUCAAGAGAGCUACUUGUCUCAGCCACUCAAAGUGUUGGGAUUACAGGUAUGAGCCACUGUGCCCAGCCAAAAGGCUAUUAAAUGAUCAUGAAGUUGUAAUCUUCAAGGAAAGCAAAGGAAAUGAUCCCUUAAUUUAAAAUAGACAAACAUUAGUAAGCUAAGUGUGUCUUUACCCUUUCUCUGCUUUAAAUUUUAAGUCCACCCAGGUGGAGCCCCAUUACUUCUGGUCUUUCUAACAAGCAAUAAAAUAAUGGCAUUUAAAAGCCACAUAUCCACACUAUUAAAUGCCUAGGCAACAUUAGGUAGCUUAAAUAAUUUAGGGUUGCACAACACAUUAGGUGGAAGCUCAGCAGGAAAUCGUAAAUUAAGUAAAAUCAAUUCAAGUAGGUGUUUAAAUGAAGUUCAAAAUUCUAAAAGAAAUUCAGCUUAAAAAAUAAUUGCAAUGGAAGAUAAAGUCUGACAAGGAAAAUUCUAAUUACUUUGUUGUCAUUUGCAAACUUUAUCCCCAUCCAAGGCAAUCACAUAUGUUUUUCAUUAGGUACACAGGAAAUAAUGCUGCAUUCACACAAUUCUGCCUGUAUGCCAGUUGGGUAGUUGGGUAAGAUUUUAUAUACUGCCAAAAUAAAAUGCUGGUAGUCUAAUAAACUCUAGGUACUUGUUUUUAGAGUUUCCUAAGGAUAUUCACCCAUUAAAUACCAGAAUUUAAAUAGAAGUAAUUUAUCCAGGUAUUCAGUUAUGUGACAGACCAAUUAUAGUGAAACCUGUACCAAUCUCUGGUCCUCAAGGAUCCAUUUAUCUUGCUUUCAGUUUCUAAAAGGUGAAUAAUUUUCACAAUCUCAGAGUUUUUUCAAUUGUAUUUCUGAAUUACCGUAUGAAAAAACCUAGACUU